UUAAUCAAAAUAUGUAAUUCAGAAUAUAAUUACAUUGACAUAUAUAAGUAAAUAAAAUAGAAUAAAACAAAAUUUAAAAAACAAGUAGAAUAUAAUAAUUAUUGAAUAUUGCAUUUUUCUGCCUAGCACAAAAAGUGCAUUCUUUAAAAAAAUAAUUUUAAUAAUACAAUUUUUCAGUGGACAUGAAAUACAAACAUAAACAACACGAAUCUCUUGCAAUGGUCACAAUGUAACAAUCCUCAGACCAUUUCAAGGAUGUAAACAAUAAAGGAAUUAAAACGCGAAGUUUUAGCAAAAAGAAUAGAAGCAAUGACGUGCAACAAUGUAGCAAGUCUUGACGGAAGGCCACGCCCCCCGUCCGCUCUCAUUGGCCAGUGCCCGUGUUCAACAGCUUGUCCUCUCCAUUGACGUCACGGGCGUCAGGCUUCGCACAUGGAAUUGCGAAUCAGUUGCGCUUUUGCGCUCCAGCCAGCCAAACUGACGGACGCGCGAGACUAUCCGCCGCUUAUUGGUGCCUGCGCACGGGCUGAGGACACUAUUCCCGCGGUGCAUUGAAAGAUUUUGACAUUUUUAUAAAUCGGCGGUUUUCAUUUCAGUUCUCCAGGAUAAUUGAUUUUUUUUUCUUUUCUUUUACGCGAUGGAAAAGAUGUCUCGACCUCUUCUUAUAAACUCAACAUUCCUACCUCCUACCCACGGCGUCCUAAAAUCCCUGCUGGAAAACCCCAUGAAACUGCCCUUUCACCACGAUGAAGGUUUUGGGAAAGAAAAGGAGAAGAAAUUGGAAGAGGAUGGAAACGGCAUCAACACCCCCCAGUCCGCCUUCUUGGGGCCGACGCUGUGGGAUAAGACCCUGUCGUACGAUGGCGAUAACUUCCAACUGGAGUACAUGGAUUUAGAGGAGUUUCUGUCGGAGAACGGAAUUCCUGCCAACGCUCAGAGCGAGCAGAACCAACCUUCCCAACAGACCCCCUCGGCCCCGGCAGCACCCUCUGUGGUCGAUCUCAGUAACCGGGCAACCACAUCGGUUCACUCCGGGAUAGUCGCCAGGAACUGCCUUCAGAGUCCAAACAGACCAGCUGUUCCCACUUCACGUGACACACCCAGUCCGAUAGAUCCAGACUCGAUCCAGGUUCCGAUUGGGUAUGAGCCCGACCCUGCUGACCUCGCCCUCUCCAGCGUCCCGGGUCAAGAGAUCUUUGACCCUCGCAAGCGCAAAUUCAGCUUAGAGGAGCUAAAACCGCAGCCCAUGAUCAAGAAGGCGCGCAAGGUCUUCAUUCCAGAAGACUUGAAGGACGACAAAUACUGGGCAAGGCGCAGAAAGAACAAUGUCGCGGCCAAACGCUCCCGGGACGCACGCCGGCUGAAAGAGAACCAGAUCGCCAUCCGCGCGGGAUUCCUGGAGAAAGAGAACGCGGCACUCAGACAGGAAGUGGCCGACCUGCGGAAGGAGCUCGGCCGUUGUAAGAACAUUAUGGCCAAAUACGAGGUGCGACACGGGCCUCUGUAAACCCCACCCCCACCCUGACAAAACCCCGCCCACUCCCUACAAACAGCCCCUCCCACCACCACUCUCCAGGGACUUCUGUGAGCCUCAUUAAGAGGCACCAAUUUCUCUUUUUCACCUCUCUCUCUCUCUCUAUGAAACCUGUUUUGAUUUUAUCACGUUGAAUACUUUGCCGAUUUAUUUUUAAUUUGUGCAUUAGUGUCUGUCUUCUUCCUCUUAUGUACAUGUCCCUGUAUUAUACACAGUAUGUAUCUCUCUUUUUAUUUGUUAGUUUGUUUGUUCCUUCACCAACGAUGGAUCGUUUUUUUUUUUUGUUUUUUUUUUCAUAAAUGAUUCCACAUGUCAUUUUAUACACCUGUAAUAUGGACAGGGAACUGAUAAAUAUUCUCCCUGCAAUUCGCCCUCGUGUCUGUCAAUCACCCACUCGGUCCAUCCCUCGUUUUCCAGAGGCUCCGCCCACUUCUUGUCACUCGCGCUUUUUCCUUCAAUUGACAAGUUUUUUGUGUAUAUUAAUGUAUUUUUAGUCGAAUAGCUGUACGCUUCUUCACUUUUCUUUCUGUCAUGUGUGUAUAACACUAGCUAGUGUAAGGGCAUGAUGUUCGUUUUUGUGUUUUUCCUGUUAUUUGUGUAUAGUUUCGUUUUUAAACAAACACCAGCGUUGUAUUUUCGUCUUUACUGCAUUGUCCAUGGAGCAAUAAGCCUAAUUCUCUUCAGAGGGCAAAAAUGUAUGAAAUGUAAGCUAGAUUCUUUUCCUCUAAAAUUUUCUGUGUUGGAAAAGCCUGUUUCAUACCACCAACACAUACGUGCGCAUCCGCACGAUGUGAGACGCACUUAACGUCAUUUUUGCUGUAGUGCGGAAACUUUCCCUCCAAAAUGCUGAAUCCAUUUUGUCUCACUUUCUCUUGCUCUAACCCCCUGCACUAAUGCGUGUUUCACAAUCUGACCCGGUGCAAUGUUUCUACUGUACCUACACGAUAAUCUGCCUGAUAUAUUUAUGGACUUUUUUUUUUUUUUUUUUUUUUUGAAUGGAAGAAUUUUUUCAGAAAUAUUCAGAUGUUAAUAACUACUAUUGUUAGAGCUGUUCUUAUUGUUAUAGCUGUAUAGUAAUUUUCCUGAUCAUUUAUUGUUUUACUGGAUAUUUCAGCAUGAAUAUUGUUUCAGAGUUGUGGCCUCGAACUAACUGUAAAUGGGUAACAUUCUUCUCUUUUUUUUUUUAAGAAUGGAUGAUUAUUCUGUCCUCUUUUUUUUCUUUCUUUUCUUUCUUUAUUUUAUACCCAAGCAUGUUUUAGAAUAUUAAUUUUUUUUUCACCAUUUGUUUUUAAGUAUAAAUAUAUAUAUUUGUAGUGAUUUUUUUUUUUUUGUAGAUUUUUUUUUCUUCUCAUUUUUCACUUUGUAGAUUUGCGUGUUCGGCUGUAUGACUGUAAUGAAUGUGUUUUAAGAGAUUUUGAGGUGUUUGAUUAGCAGGAUAGUGUUGUCUCAAAUGCUGUGGUUGAAACCCAAUCAGUUUGUUUACUACAGACCAAAAGAUUCAGCACACAAAAGAUUUAUUGAUAUAUAUAUAUAUAUAUAUAUAUAUAUAUAUAUAUAUAUAUAUAUAUAUAUAUAUAUAUAUGAAAACUAUUCUAUAUGUUGCUUUUUUGUACAGUAUUUUUUCCUAUAUAAUACUGUCUGAAUAUUUUCAAGGCACAACACAUACCGUGUAGUACAAGAGAUAUGAUAUAAAUAUAUGAUAGCGUUAAUAUAGAUAUAUAUCUGUUAUUCAGAACUAUGUGACAUAGUGUUUUGAUAUAUAAUAUGAUGUGUAUAACAGGGAUUUUAAUUCAGAAAAGUAAACCCCAUGAUCUAGUCCACUUAUCUGGGCAUUAAAAACCUUCUGCAUCCUUGUAUUCAAAUAGCCUUUAGUGUUCUGUCUCAGGAAACGUUAGCAACCGGACCUCACAAAUAAAAUCAAAAAACUAUAUAUACAUACAUACAGUAUAAAGGCCUAUAUAGUUUUCUGUACAUUAAUACAGUUUCUCCAAAUGGUAGGAGCUGCAAUACCUCCAUCGACCACAAGAGGCAGUAUAACUCACACUUAAUGUUUUUAAUGAGUUCUGGCUUACCAGUAUUGCUAUUGGUUCUUUGAAUGGAAAUCUAAAGGCUAUGCUUUCUAUACCUUCUCGUGUCCCUUUUUUUCACAGUAGAGUGUUGUUAAAGAAAGUUUAGAAAGGCAGCUCCUUGAGCUUUGCUUGGUUUGAAUGUUAAAAGUCUUGUUGUCAAUGGAGUCACUAGCUACGUUCGGGAUCGCAUACUAGCAUACUACUUGCACUUUAUCUGCAGUAUAUUGUAACUGCGCACUGUAAAUUUGAUCGAAAACCCAGAUGUAGAGGGUUAUAAGUUGAGAUAUUAAAUUAAAUUAAAAUUGCAACAUAACCAUUUUAUUUACCAGACAACCAGACAUCACUCACUGAAUUAAACAUGCAACAUAGUGAAGUCAUGUGGCAACCAUGUAGUAUACUACUGUUUAAAAUGUUCCAAUUACAAUUGUUUUUAAAUAGUAUGUAGAAUACAGUAUCGCUCAGCAUUCGGCAUGUAGUAUGCUAGUAUUCUAUUCUGAACAGCCACUCAGUAUGGAUUUUGAAACAUACCAAGUUACUUCAAAAGUUCCCACUGAAGCGCGGUAGUAACUACAGAUAUAGUUACUACAGUAAAUGCGAAUAGAUUCAUAUGUGGUCUCCUUCAGACAGUAUAAGAAACCUAAAUCUGUCAUUUUAAGUUCACAUUUUGAUGACCCUAAAACCUAGUUAACACAGUUUUACUGGAGUAACAAAAACUGUAUGGCAUUUUUGGUGUAACUAUGGUAACUAUGUAAGGGCCCUUUAAGCUGAGUAAGGCUGUAGAAGUUCCUCUGGUCUGAGAUCAGUUUUGCUCUGUCUGUUGUAAUUGAUAAAACAGGGUUUUAGGCAGGGCAGCUGAUCUUAGAUCAGCACAUUUCGAUUAAUCGCUGUUUCGACCGGCGACUUCAUUCUCAACAAUAAAAGUCCUUAUCUGCCCUAGUUCAGGCCAAAGUUAGCAUGCACAGAUUUGUGUAUUUGUUGAGGAUAGUUUGGGCAGAAAUGGUGCUGUUUUAUUUUUUGUUCUGUGUUCUUUUUAAUUUCCCAUUAUUUGUUCGUUUGUCACAUAAAUGCAGAUGUGAAGACUGUAGCAUGAGCUGCGUCUGUAUAAAGCCCUGUGUAGUUCACAAGCUGACUGUUUUCCAUCUGUACAAAUCUCAAAUAAAUCCAGGAUUAAGCCAAA